AUGCCAAGAGCCCAAGACCCAGAGCAAGGCCCCGAAGAGCCCAAGAGCAGAGAAGUCCAGAGCCCAAUAGCCCAAGAGCCUCAAGAGCCCAAGAGCCCAAGGCCCAAGAGCCCUAAGGCCCAAGCCCAGCUCGCGAAAGUCCGCAAGAGCCAAGAGCAAGAGCAGAGCCCAGAGCCCAGAGCCAGAGCCCAAGAGCCCAAGAGCCCCAAGAGCCUAAGAGGCCAAAGCAAAAAGCCCAAGCCCAAGAGCCCAAGAGCCAAGAGCCAAAAGCAAGAGCAAGAAGCAAGACCAAGAGCCAAGAGCCAAGAGCGAGAGCAAGAGCCCAAGAAGCAGAGUCCAGCCAAGAGCAAGAGCAAAGAGCCAAAGAGAAGCCAAGAGCCAAGGAGCGAAGAGCCAGCAAGAGCCAAGAGCCAAGAGCAAGAGCCAAGAAAGAGCCAAGAGACCAAGGCCAAGAGCCAAGAGAAGCCCAAAGCCAGAGCAAGAGCAAGAGUCAUAGAGCAAGACCAGAGCCAAGAGACCAAGAGCAAGGAGCCAAGAGCCAAGAGCCAAUGA